CACACAUGAAUGAUUGUAAUCAUUCGUUACGGUGAUUUUAAAUAUAGUCUACCACAUAACCGGACCGGAUCAAUGAAUUUAGCAGCGAUAGAAUGUUUUUGUUCAUCGUGACCAAUUAGAAUGCAUAUAAUGCUUCCAGUAUUUACAUCUGGGAAUAAUCGUUUGGAACUAACGAUGAAUUAACUAAUAUUCAUUACCUUGGAUUGCAAUGAUUGUUUUGAGGUCUAUUUACGUGCGGUUCCUAAGCAUCAUUCUUCUGGCAUCGAUAUGUGUCACAUUACUGAUUUCAAGUCUUCCGAUAUCAUCUGAGACGUGCAAAUGUGAAGGUGCUUCUGAACGCGAUAUCCAACAUGAGAAAUUUCACAGAAGUUUUAAAGAAACGUUUACUUCGGAAAAACCCAAGUUAGCACUGUUGGUUCCAUUCCGAGAUCGAUUCGAUGAAUUACUUCGAUUCGUUCCUCACAUCUCGGCGUUCCUGAAUCGACAGCAGAUUCCAUUUCACAUAUUUGUGUUGAAUCAGAAUGAUCGAUACCGUUUCAACAGAGCAUCGUUGAUAAAUGUAGGAUUCGUACAGGUUAAAGAUCACUAUGAUUAUAUUGCGAUGCAUGAUGUGGAUUUGCUUCCACUCAACGACAAUCUAAAAUACGACUACCCAGGAGAUGGACCCCUGCAUAUUUCCGGCCCCGAAUUCCACCCAAAGUACCAUUAUGCCACAUUCAUUGGGGGAAUCCUGCUGCUCAAAACCGAACAUUAUCAGCAGCUCAAUGGCAUGUCGAACAACUAUUGGGGAUGGGGUUUAGAAGACGAUGAGUUCUACGUGCGCAUAAAGGAAAUGGGACUAGAGAUAGCGCGUCCUCGGAAUAUAACCACCGGUGUUGACGAUACGUUUUUGCAUAUCCACGAUCGAUUGCAUCGAAGACGUGACACAACUAAAUGCUUCAAUCAGCGUGAAAUCACGCGUCGAAGAGACCGCGAAACGGGACUCAGCACCCUACGAUAUAGAAUCGACAGCACUAAGGAGCUAACCAUCGAUAAGGAUGCGUUGACAGUGCUUAACAUUAACCUAGAGUGUGAUAAAUCGAAAACGCCAUGGUGUGAAUGUGUUUCUGAAACAAAGAGUCGGUUGGAAAGCAAGAAAAAAAAUUAGCUAUUCUCUUCAAACUAUGAAAUUAACAUCCAGUUGCCAUAAUCAUUCGCCGUAAUACCCAUUUACUAAUCAGUUUCCCUCUUAAUGCAAAACACUGAACCAUAUCAAACCAAUCAUUUUAUCCAUAAUUUUUUCUCAUUUCCACAUUUGCUUUAAAUUUGUAGGAUGAGGAACUAAUCUCGCGAUACACAUAAUACAAAACAA